UCUCCCUCCUCCUCCUCCUCCUCCGUCUGUCGGUGCCGGAAACACACGGACGGCAUCUGAGGAGGGAAGGGAGAGAUGGAAGGAGACCGUCCGCUGGAGUGCGGCGUCACCAUCAGGUCCUCCUCCGUCUCCAGCGACCCCGGAGUCAGCAACCGAGACCUGGGCCACGGCGGCGGGAGCGGGAGCGGUCGUGGAGGGAACGCCACCUGGAACAGGGUUGUCAUCGUGGGAGGCGGCAUCGCCGGAUCUCUCCUCGCCAAGUCCAUCCAGUUCCACGCCGACGUCGUCCUCAUCGACCAGAAGGAGUAUUUCGAGAUUCCCUGGGCGACACUGAGAUCGACGGUGGAACAACCAGUCGCGGAGAAGGCCAUAUUCUCCCACACCGAUUACCUUGUGAAUGGCACAGUCAUCACGUCAUCCGCUGUCGAUGUCACAGAGACGGAUGUGAUAACUGCAGAUGGCCGUCAUGUGACAUACGACUACCUCGUCAUCGCUACUGGUCACACAACUACAUCUCCCAGAUGCAAGAGAGACAUGAUCGAAAAGUUCAAAGAAGCUAAUGUAAAGAUGAGAACUUCUAGCUCGGUUCUGGUCAUUGGAGGCGGACCAGCGGGGGUUGAACUUGCUUCAGACAUCGCAUCAGUCUAUCCAGACAAGAAGGUGACUUUGGUUCAUAGUGGAUCGAGGUUGCUCGGAUUCAUAAGUCGCAAAGCCGGCAACAAGGCCUUGGAGUGGCUAAGAUCGAAGAACGUUGAUGUGCUUCUGGAGCAGUCGAUUGAUCUGGACACCAUAUCCGAGGCAGAUGGCAUUUACAUGACUUCCGCCGGAGAGGCCAUAGCAGCCGAUUGCUACUACGUCUGUGUGAACAAACGUUUGGGUUCCUCGUGGCUCAGGAAGUCAAUGGUGCUGAAGGAUUCCCUGGACAUAUACGGUCAGCUGAAGGUCGAUGAGCACUUGAGAGUCAAAGGCCGAAACAAUAUCUUUGCCAUUGGAGAUAUCAUUGAUGUUCCUGAAAGGAAACAAGGGAUGCUUGCGCAGAAGCACGCCGUGGUGGCGGCCAAGAACCUGAAGCAGCUGAUGAAAGUGAGUAACAAGGAAACCAAGCUAAGCAAGUACAGGCCGUCGAUCUCGAUAACGAUGGUCUCGCUGGGGAAGAAGGACGCGGUGGCGGAGCUGCCAUUCACGACCAUGUCGGGGUUCCUGCCGGGGCUGAUCAAGACGAGAGAGCUGUUCCUUCGCAGGACAAGGAAACUUCUGGGUGUGGAUCAUCACUCUGGAUUCUUGUAAAGCAUUCUCUGGUACAUAGUUCUCUUUUAUGCUCAUCAAACUGUAGCUGUAGCUCAACAUGUUCUUGGUGUAGUCAUCUCCAAUUCCUUCUUAUUCCUGGUUUGUUGUUGUUGUUGUUGUUGUUGUUGUACACUGAUCUCAAUACUCUUCCCAUCUUUAACAUGUAUCUGAUUACUGUUAAACACUGUAUGUAAUAGUAGCUUCAUGAGCA